AUGCUGAUCUACAUGGUCAACCAGAUCUAUGUCGAGAAGCUAACCCCGGCAAAGUCUACCCAAGAGAUUCCCCUCGUCUUCAUGCACGGAACUGGUCAGACUGGAGCAACUUUUCUCGAGACACCUGAUGGUCGACCAGGCUGGGUUUCGUUCUUCUUAUCGCACGGCUAUACGAUCUACCUGAGCGAUCAGCCAUCGCGCGGUCGUUCUCCCUGGUUGCCGAAGACAGGCACGAUGAAAAGCUCCAGUACUGCGCUCAUCGAGGAACUGUUCACUUCAACGUCAUCGCAUAGCCUCUGGCCGCAAGCACAGUCGCACACCCAAUGGCCUGGAACUGGCAAAGCAGGCGAUCUGAUCUUCGACGCCUUCUAUGCGUCACAAGUUCAAUACCAAGCCGACAAUCUGAUAUCCGAAGCCGAGAACGCCAAAGCGUACACCGCUCUCCUCGACAAGAUCGGCGGCCAGGCGCACAUCAUCGCGCACAGUCAAGCCGGUGCCUAUGGAUGGCGAGUCGGAGACCUCCGCCCUCAUCUAGUCAAGAGUAUCGUGGCACUCGAGCCCGCGGGCCCACCAUUCAUCGGAAGAAUCUUUGGAUCAGGUCCUGCGCGACCUUUCGGCAUCACGGAGCUCGAGGUCGCAUACGAGCCUUCGGCGGGACCCGAUGCGACGUACAUCCAGACUGUUGUUGUUCCUGCAAGAGACGUCAAUUCGAGUGAAUGUAUCAUGCAGGAUGAACCGGCGAGGCAGUUGGUGAAUUUGGCGCAGAUACCAGUGCUAACAGUGACGUCCGAGGCGAGCUACCAUGCGGUCUACGAUCAUUGCACUGUAGAGUACAUGCGGCAGGCAGGUGUGGACGUGGAGCACAUGAAGCUCGGAGAAGAAGGCCUUCACGGCAAUGGCCACAUGUUCUUCAUGGAGAAGAACAGUCUAGAGAUUGCUGAGAAGGUUUUGGCUUGGUUGCAGAGGCACUAA